GCAGACAGCCACAGGAUGCUAGGCGCGCUGAGGAGCUGCGGGGCUGCAGCAUCUCGUCUUCCACCCCGCGGCCGCAGCCGGCCCUUGCCCGCCUCCCGCCGGGGGCCGAGUCGCGGCGGAGGGGGCCGCCGCGAGGGUGUCGGCGAGCAGCUCUCCGCGCUCGCAGCCGGAGCGCCAGGCGGGGCCGAGAUGCCCCGGGGGGCGGUGGCGGCCCUGGCGCUGGCCGCUGCCGCGGCCUUCAGCCCGCUGGCCGCCGGUGCGCGGGCCCCGCAGCAGGGCGGCCGUGGGGGCUUCGUGGAGGACGUGCUGAGCCUGUUCGGGGAGAACCGCAGCCUCUCGGCCGCCCAGCUCAGCCACCUGCUGCAGACGCUGGGAGCCGCGGGGGAGCCGGGGGCAGCGCCGCCGGGACAGCACCACCUGCACCAUAACGAGUGCAUGUCUGCUGAGGACAUCUUUUCACUUCAUGGAUUGCCGAACAACAGCCAGAUAACAAAUUCCAGCUUCUCCGCAAUAUGUCCAGCUGUCUUACAACAGCUGAUUUUUCACCCUUGUGAUAAUUCGUCAAAGCACAAGAACAAAUCUAAACCGUCUUCUUCAGAAGUUUGGGGGUUUGGGUUCCUUUCCGUGAGUAUCAUUAACCUGGCAUCACUCCUUGGAUUUGUUUUAACUCCUCUCUUGAAGAAGCCAUAUUUCCCCAAGAUUUUAACCUAUUUUGUGGGCUUGGCCAUUGGGACCCUCUUUUCCAAUGCUAUUUUCCAGCUAAUUCCAGAGGCAUUUGGAUUGGAUCCUAAAACUGACAACUAUGUUGAGAAAGCAGUAGCUGUGUUUGGUGGAUUCUAUAUUCUCUUCUUUGUGGAAAGGAUUCUUAAAAUGAUAUUGAAGACCUAUGGCCAGACUGGCCACACUCACUUUGAAACUCACAAACAGAAUCUUCCUCAGGAUAAGGGUAAUCCACCCACGCCAUUGAAAUCUAAUAAUGGGAUGAUGUGCUAUGCAAAUCCAGCCAUAAUAGAGCCUAAUGGAAACCCCAAUUUUGACACAGUUAGUGUGGUCUCUGCUCAGGAAGAGAAAACCCAAACCCAAAGUAAAUGUUUAAAGGGACCCACAUUGUCAGAGAUUGGAACAAUUGCCUGGAUGAUCACGCUGAGCGAUGCCUUGCACAACUUCAUUGAUGGUCUGGCUAUUGGUGCUUCCUUCACCCUCUCUCUGCUUCAGGGACUUAGUACAUCCAUAGCAAUCUUAUGUGAGGAGUUUCCUCAUGAACUGGGGGAUUUUAUCAUUUUGAUAAAUGCAGGAAUGAGCACCUACCAGGCUCUAUUUUUCAACUUUAUUUCAUCAUGUUCCUGCUACAUUGGUCUGGUUUUUGGUAUAUUAGUGGGCAGCAACUUUGCUCCUAACAUUAUCUUUGCAAUAGCUGGUGGUAUGUUCCUGUACAUUUCCCUGGCAGAUAUGUUCCCAGAGAUGAGUGACAUGCUGAGAGAGAAAGUGACUGGAAGGAGAACAGAUUUAACCUUCUUCCUCAUUCAGAAUGCUGGUUUACUAACAGGAUUUGCUGCUAUAUUGCUGAUUACCAUAUAUGCAGGAGACAUUGAGUUGGAAUAAUGAGAUUCUGAAGAUGGCACUGAUAAUGAAGGAUAUUAGUAAAUUAGAAAUGGAAAAACUCUUGAAAUCCAUAAAGGGACUUUAAAUUCAUCUACCUGAUUUAAAACAAUGACCCUGUUUUCUUCUGCAAAUCAUAGAAAGUUAGCAGCUUCUUUUAGGACUCCCAAAUCAGUCCUAUAAAAUGGGCCAUCAACUUCUGAGUAUUACAAGCAAUGGAUUCAACACUUGUGAAGGUGCCAGACAUACCUACACAAUGGUAAAAGAGGAUAUUAUAUUCAAUGGAAUUAAGCAGGAGGCAGCUAUAUGUAUUCCAUAUGACUUAAAAAAAAAAAAAUCGCCAGGAUGGAAAUUAGUACAAAAGAAAAUGGUAAGGUUCAUACUCUUAAUUUAACUGUGAUGAAAACUAACCAGCUUGGAAACUGCCUGCUUUCAUGACUUGUGUUGCAGGGUUUCCCUAUAAGCAUAUAAAAACCCCCAAAUGAUUUCAUAAUAGAUAGAAAUGCUUCUAAGAUUCUAAUUAACACUGGAAGGAAAGAGAGCAGUUAAUGCUUUUGAUCUUUUCUCUUUAAGUGCACUAAGAGAUUGUGGAUUUAUUUUGAGAACAAUUUUUUAAAAGUAAAAACUUGGUAUUAAAUUUGACAAAUUAUGAAUUCUGUAAUGUUUUAAAAGGAUUGUGUAUUUUAAGUUCUAUAAAUACUUUGCCUUGAAAUGUUUUAUAUUCAGAUAUAUAUAUCAAGUUCCACAGAUAUCACUCUGGAGAAAAAAAAUUAAUGUUUGGUUUAGUUUUUGUAAGAUCUCAUUGACAAAUGGCACUAAGAAAAAAAUAAUUAAUGUCAGCAAUUAAAGAGUUUUUGUAAUGAGUAGUUUCCUUGUACAAAAGUUCAGCGUAGCAAGGAAAAUAUACAUUUUUGAAGAACCAAUCCUGCAUUCCUUGGACUCUCAAAAUAUUAAUUUUUAUUGUAUCAGUUUUCCAAAAUCAUGCUGGCAAGAACUCAUUUUAAAAAAAACACAAACAACACAACUGGCCUGGUAUUGUGGGUUGGAGUGAGAGGAAGGAAAUACAUCUAGUUUUUCUUUUCAAUUACCACUAAUCUUUGGAAGGAGAAAAAAUUCAGUUUUAUAGUAAUUAUUUAUGUUUCUCCUCUUGUUCAAUGACAGCUUUACCAUUUCAAAGUAAAUACGGUCUCCCACCUCACUUCCUACCUGUAGAGAUUGGAAUUUUCCCCAUUUGUUAAAAUCUAUCUUUGAGGCAAUAAAAUUGAUUUGAAUAUUUUAA